UCUCGUUCGGAUUUUUGUAAUCAUCCAUAAAAGAUCCAAUCAAAAUUCAUUCAUCCAUCCAUCAUCGUUAGUUACAUACACAUCAUCUCCUUCCUCUCGCUCCCUUCUGAUAGCGAAACCCUAAAAUACUAUCAGCUGCUACUUUCCGAAACCAAAUUCCGACGAAUUAACUUUUUUUUUGUUUUUUGGAUAAAAUCAUCGGAGUCUCUUCUCUGGUUCGGCUGUGAUGGGUGCGAGCCGGAAAUUACAAGGCGAGAUAGAUCGGGUGCUGAAGAAGGUUCAAGAAGGUGUUGAUGUUUUCGACAGCAUCUGGAACAAGGUAUAUGAUACAGACAAUGUUAACCAAAAGGAAAAGUUUGAGGCGGACUUGAAGAAGGAAAUCAAGAAGCUGCAGCGGUAUAGAGACCAGAUCAAGACUUGGAUUCAGUCCAGUGAGAUCAAAGAUAAGAAAGUCAGUGCAUCAUAUGAGCAAUCCCUGGUUGACGCUCGGAAGCUUAUUGAGAAAGAGAUGGAGAGGUUUAAGAUCUGUGAGAAAGAGACCAAGACAAAAGCUUUUUCCAAGGAAGGACUGGGUCAGCAACCUAAAACUGACCCAAAAGAGAAAGCAAAGUCAGAGACAAGGGAUUGGUUAAACAAUGUGGUGAGUGAACUGGAGUCACAGAUUGAUAGCUUUGAAGCUGAAUUGGAAGGACUGUCUGUCAAAAAAGGAAAGACAAGACCGCCCAGAUUGACUCAUCUUGAGACAUCUAUCACAAGGCACAAGGAUCACAUAAUAAAGCUGGAACUGAUCUUGAGGCUUCUAGACAAUGAUGAAUUAAGUCCAGAACAAGUAAAUGACGUCAAAGAUUUUCUGGAUGAUUAUGUUGAACGAAAUCAGGAUGAUUUUGACGAAUUCAGUGAUGUCGAUGAGCUCUAUAGCACGUUGCCACUAGAUGAGGUGGAGGGUCUUGAAGAUCUAGUUACUGCUGGCCCCCUUGUCAAGGGUACUCCUUUGAGCAUGAAGAGUUCUUUGGCAGCGUCAGCAUCUCAAGUUCGGGUAAGUAUUCCUAUAUCUCUUUGCUUGAAGAUUUUUUGUUUAUGUUUCUUUAUUUUUGCGUUGUUUCAGAGCAUAAGUUUGCCAACUCAUCAUCAGAGUACUUCGCAAGAGAAAACAGAGGAUCCAUCUUUACCGGAUGGCAGUGCUGAGAUGGUUCCAAAAACCCCUCCCCCAAAGAAUGGCGCAGGCCUUCACUCAGCACCAUCAACACCUGCCGGGGGACGUCCAAGUUUGAAUGUGCCUGCCAGUAAUAUCUCAAAUGCAUCAGUUACCUUAUCAACUUCUAUUCCUACUCAAACUUCCAUAGAAAGCAUGGGGAGUUUGUCUCCCGUGACUGCCAAGGAAGAAGACGCAACAACCUUGCCUUCUCGUAAACCACCCUCAUCUGUUGCUGAUACUCCAUUGAGGGGCAUUGGUAGAGUUAGUAUCCCCAACCAGCCCCAACCAAGCCAGCCUCCGUCUCCAAUUCCAGCUAAUGGAUCUCGCAUUAGUGCAACUUCAGCAGCUGAAGUUGCAAAGAGAAAUAUAAUGGGAGUUGAGAGCAAUGUCCAACCUCUAACUUCUCCACUGAGCAAAAUGGUAUUGCCACCAACUGCAAAGGGUAAUGAUGGAACUGCCUCUGAUAGUAACCCUGGUGAUGUUGCGGCUAGUAUCGGUAGAGCUUUUUCACCAUCUAUUGUAUCUGGUUCGCAGUGGAGGCCUGGUAGUCCCUUUCAGAGUCAGAAUGAAACGGUUCGUGGGAGAACUGAAAUAGCACCAGAUCAAAGAGAGAAAUUUUUACAGAGGUUACAGCAAGUACAGCAAGGCCAUGGUAACCUCUUAGGCAUGCCUUCUCUAUCUGGAGGAAAUGAGAAGCAGUUUUCUUCACAACAGCAAAAUCCUCUAUUACAGCAGAGCUCUGCCAUUUCUCCUCAUGGAAGCUUGGGAAUCGGAGUUCAGGCACCAGGUUUUAAUGUCAUGAGUUCUGCCUCCUUACAGCAGCAGUCAAAUGCCAUGAGUCAACAAUUGGGUCAGCAGCCUUCUGUUGCAGAUUUAGACCAUGUCAGAAAUGAUGAUCAACCGCAGCAAAACUUACCUGAUGAUUCAGCUUCCAUAACAGCUUCAAAAACUAUUCAAAAUGAGGAUGAUUCUAAAGUUCUAUUUGAUACUCCGUCCGGAAUGCCCAGCUACAUGUUGGAUCCAGUACAGGUAUCUAGCGGUCCUGAUUUCUCUCCUGGACAACCCAUACAACCAGGUCAAUCUUCAAGUAGCCUUGGGGUCAUUGGCCGGAGAAGUAACUCUGAAUUAGGAGCCAUUGGUGACCAUUCAGCUGUAGGGCCAAUGCAUGAUCAAAUGCACAAUCUCCAGAUGCUUGAAGCUGCUUUCUACAAACGUCCUCAACCCUCAGAUUCAGAACGUCCUAGACCCUAUUCUCCGAGGAACCCAGCAAUCACACCUCAAACAUUUCCCCAAACACAAGCACCAAUCAUAAACAAUCCUUUGCUCUGGGAACGUUUAGGCAGCGACGCUUAUGGGACGGAUACUUUGUUCUUUGCGUUCUAUUAUCAGCAGAACUCAUACCAGCAAUAUCUAGCGGCAAAAGAGCUGAAGAAACAGUCAUGGAGAUACCACAGAAAGUUCAACACUUGGUUUCAGAGACAUAAAGAGCCAAAGAUUGCAACCGAUGAAUAUGAACAAGGAGCCUAUGUUUACUUUGAUUUCCAAACCCCCAAAGACGAGAAUCAAGAAGGAGGAUGGUGUCAGAGGAUCAAAAACGAGUUCACAUUUGAAUACAGUUAUCUUGAAGAUGAACUCGUCGUAUAGAAUAGAGAGAGAUAUACAUGUUUGUAUAUACUCUUGAGCAAGUGUUAUUUCCUGCGUCUAUUUUGUACUCUUCUUUUCAAUAAACUAAUUACUUUUAGUUUCAAAGUUGGCAUUCUCCGAUGAUGACUCUUAACACACAAUAAAAACCAGAGUAUCAUCA